AUGACACGUCUUUCUAUGGUCAAAUCGCUGCUUUCGAAUCAACGAGACGUCCAGCGACAAACGAUCAAAGUGACAUUGAACUUUCUAACUCGCGAUCAAACAAAGCAAGAGAUGAGCGAGCGUCUGGGGUAUAAUGUUGAGCAAUUGAGCACAUGGGUGAUAAUCAAUGGACGCCAUCAAAGCACGGACGGCGCACACAUCACAAUCCGGGGAUUUCAGGGGAAAUGGGCGGCCAUCACGGUCCACAUCUACGUGGAUGAGUGGUACCGUUACGAAGAUUACACUGCCUGGUUGAACGGAAAAAAGUUACGGCAAAAGACAACACAACUUCGAAAAAAGGGACAACAUGGUCUUGAUUCACGGCUGUAA